CUCUGAUUGAAGGCCUCGGAGAGCAAAGGCCUACUGGCGGCGGCAAUGCGCUCGAUUCGCUACUUUUGUUUUUGCACUUUGGACGAACGCCGCUUCAUUUAGCUCCAAAGCCAUCUGAUAAAUUUAGUAUUUUAACCGAGAUCCUAUUUAGACAGAAAACAGCUAAUAAGUCGAGCUCGCCGGACUGAACGGAAUUUGCGAUUUUCCACCGAGUGUGGAAUCUGCCGAGCUGAACUCCGCGCUGCCCUAGCAUGCGUGCUACUUCCUUGUUAGUGAGUCGGUGUGAGAGGGCGACAAGAAGUUUCAGCCCCGCAUAAGUAUGUGUGGAUUUAGCUAACGUUUUCGAUGGGAUUUUCCCUUUGGAAUCCUCGCCAGGCGCAACCACUGAGGCGUUUUUUAACUCAGCACCGGGAGGACAACGCGAGCCGAGCCAUGGAGGCGGAUUUAACGGCUGUUGUGAGGCUGAUUUGCUAAGUUAGCACAGGCUGGCUAACACCAUCUUUUCAUCAUAUGCGCGGAACUGGAUUACAACUCGAGGCUUUUAUUGACUUCUCCGAGGCUUUUUAGGGAUUUAUCCGAUCGAUGUGCGUUGGGAUGCUUGGAUGCGAUGGAAUAGGUGUGAUCUGGAUGCGAACGGUGGCUGUGUGAACGCACAGACGCUAGCGGUGCUAGAACAGCGCUUAAAGUGGGUUUCAAAUGUUUUGCUUUGUUUGCCGGGGACUGAGACACGAGCGAUAAAAGUGGGAUAUUAAAUGCCGAACCCGGAGAUCAUUCCCCGCGAGGGCCGGGGGAGAAGCCCGCCGCCACAAAGGAGUCAGAGGGAGGCGAGACGGAGCAAGAGCCGCCGAGAGAGGCACCGGGAAAAGGGGCGAUCUUCGUCCUCCUCCUCCCGGAGGAAGAAACACAAGCACGCCAGGGACAAGCAGCAGCAGCAGCAGUCGUGGCAACAGCAGGACGUGGUUUACGACGGGGAUGUUCGGACUUUAGUGGAGUACGACGACGUGAGCUCGCAGUCCGAGCGCUUCUCCGGCAGCCCGUCGCCCAGAACCGACACGCUGUCCGUGGACCGGCUGAGCGAAGCCGAGCUCCAGGACUCGAGCUACGGCGGCGCUUCCACGCCGGGCAGGCGGGAGCACAACUCCUCCUCCUCCUCCUCUCGGAGGAAGGACGGAGCCGGCGGCGGAUCGGCGGAGAAGGGGCGCCCGGAGAAGGAGAUGAAGAGGAACCGGUCCAGCCGGGAGCGGGACGCGGCGUUCAAGUCCCGCAGCGGCGUGAGGAAUCACGACAGCAACGGCAGGAAGCCUUCGUCCGCGGCCCAGGCGGACAAAAAGGAGUCGAAGCGACACAAAAGCAAGUCCAAAUCCGACAAGGACCCUCCUUCCGCCUAUAGGGAACCGCCGCAGGCUUAUAGGGACGACCGGGAGGAGCUCAGGGCCUACUGGAGGAGCAGUCCGAGCUUCAAAGCGGCGGAUAGUCCCUACGGGACGUCUUAUUCCUAUGGAUACCAGUCUCCUAACACAAACUACCCGUUUAUUUCCAGGAGGAGCCCCAGGAGGCUCUCUCCGAGCUCGACCUACUACGGUCGGGAUUCAGAGCUGUACGGUGCCUAUAACGCUUCCAAGUCGCCGAGUUCGUACUCGAGUAGUAAGAGGAAGCGCUCCCCGUCCAGCCCGUACUGGCGCAGGUCUCCGAGCUACGGCCGACACAGUCCCUACGAGCAGGGCGAGUUCACCUCCAGUCCGUACGGCCAGCGCAGGCGCUCCAGGAGCCCCUACAGAAAGUCCCUGAGCCCCAGUCCGGACGUCAGGCGGACUGUAAAAUCCCGCAGCAGGAGCCCGUACCAGUCCUCGCGUCAUUCUCGCUCGCGCAGCCGCCACCGCCACUCUCGGUCCCGCAGCCGACCCUCCAGUCUGUCCCCCAGCACGCUGACCCUCAAGAGCAGCCUGGCCGCCGAGCUCAGCAAGCAGAAGAAAGCUAAGGCCGCCGAAGCCGCCCGCGUCAAAAACUCCAGCAACGCCUCCACCCCGACCAAGGGCUCCUCAUCCUCCUCCAGCGCGCCCCAGCCCAGCCCCGUCACCAACCACACAACCAAGAAGACCAGACCACCCUCACCUCCACCUGUGUCAGAGAAAGGCCCCAGAACCCCAGUGUCCAGUCAGCCACAGUCUCCUGUGGAUCGACCUGCCAAGAGGAUCUCAGAUCCCGCGCAGGCCAGCAGAGAAGCCAAGGCAAAGGAGGAUAAAAAGAAAGGAGGACAGUCCAUGCAAGUUAAAGACAAGGAGCGAGAGAAAGCAGCUGCUCCAGCUGUAGCCUCUCUUCCACUGGCAGCCAACAACCUGGAUCAUCUGGAUGGAAGCGACAGCUUGAAGGACUCUUCAGCAACCGCAGGGAAGAAGAAACCCGAAAGGAAAGCCCGUCACCUCCUCGCAGACCUCCCUCUUCCUCCAGAGCUCCCGGGCGUCACCCCUGGUUCGCCCCACAGCCCGCCUGAUGACAAAAAGACGCCCACUCCACGGAAGAGACCAAAAAUAUGUGGUCCACGCUUCGGAGAGAUCAAGGAGACGGAGAUCGACUGGGGAAAGCGGUGCGUCGACAAGUUUGAAAUCAUUGGGAUCACUGGAGAAGGUACUUAUGGGCAGGUGUACAAAGCCAAGGACAAAGACACCGCUGAGUUGGUGGCUCUAAAGAAGGUCCGUUUGGACAAUGAGAAGGAGGGCUUCCCCAUCACGGCCAUCAGGGAGAUCAAAAUCUUGCGGCAGCUCAACCAUAAGAGCAUCAUCAACAUGAAGGAGAUAGUCACUGACAAAGAAGACGCGUUAGACUUCAAGAACGACAAAGGGGCAUUUUACCUGGUGUUUGAGUACAUGGACCACGAUUUGAUGGGCCUCCUGGAGUCAGGCCUUGUGCACUUCAACGAGAGCCACAUCAAGUCUUUCAUGAGGCAGCUGCUAGAAGGACUGGAUUACUGCCACAAGAAGAACUUCCUGCACAGGGAUAUCAAGUGCUCCAACAUUCUGCUCAAUAACAAGGGUCAGAUCAAGCUGGCGGAUUUCGGAUUGGCUCGUCUGUAUAACUCUGAAGAGAGUCGACCGUACACCAAUAAAGUGAUCACUCUGUGGUACCGCCCACCCGAACUGCUGCUGGGAGAAGAGAGGUACACGCCCGCCAUCGACAUGUGGAGCUGCGGGUGCAUUUUGGGAGAGCUUUUCACAAAGAAGCCCAUCUUUCAGGCCAACCAGGAGCUGGCGCAGCUAGAGCUCAUAAGUCGAAUCUGUGGCAGCCCUUGUCCCGCUGUGUGGCCGGACGUGAUCAAGCUGCCCUACUUCAACACCAUGAAACCAAAGAAACAGUACCGGCGGAGGUUAAGGGAAGAGUUUGCUUUUAUUCCUCUGAUGGCCCUGGAUUUGUUUGACCAUAUGCUCGCUUUGGACCCGAGCAAACGCUGCACUGCAGAACAAGCUCUUAAAAGUGACUUCCUCAAAGAUGUGGACCCUGCCAAGAUGCCCCCACCUGAUCUCCCUCUGUGGCAGGACUGCCAUGAAUUGUGGAGUAAGAAGCGGCGCCGGCAGAAGCAGAUGCCGGAGGAGCUGACCGCCCCCAAAGCCCCUCGGAAGGAGCUGGGCCUGGACGACAGCCGCAGCAACACGCCACAGGGCUUCCCUGCCGCUGCAGGACACAAAGGUCCGAGUGCUGCUGCCACUGCAGCUCUGCUGGACGCUAAAGCUCCCAACUCACAACUGACUCAAGAACAGUUGGCGGUGCUUCUGAACCUCCUUCAGUCCAAAAGCGCCCCGGUGGGAUCGGCCCAGUUCGCCCAGACCAUGGGUUCGAAGAUGAACCCGGAGACGCUACAGCAGCUGACGCAGGCUUUGCCCCCUGGACCGCUGGAGUCUGAAAGACCCCCAGAACCGCCACCGCCCCCCAAAGUCUCUAAACCCCCUCAGCCGCCUCCUUCAGGGGGCGGAGCGCCACGCACCCCACCCAUGCCGAAACCGCCUUCGCCUCCCACCCCGCAACAGUCGGGCAAGAGCGAGGGAGAGGCCUCGGCCGCAGCCACGCAGACCGCCGUCACCAUGCUCCUCGCUCAGCUCCUCAAAGUCCAGCAAGGAGAGGUCAUAGGGUUUGAGGGGGCUGAGGGUGGUAUCCCAAAUGCAGCAGGUCCACCUGAGCCACCACCUGAGCCCAGCCCUGUAUCUCCAGUGGCUGAAGGCGGCAGCUCGUCCUCCAGGCCUCUGGAGCCUCUCUCCAUUCUCCCACCGGACCAGAGACCCCCAGAACCUCCGGAACCACCUCCCUGCGCAGACCUGGACUACCGGCAGGCCCCCGAGACCAAGCCGGCUCUGCCGUCCUCCGCAGCCCCAGGAGAAGCUCCCAGACCUCCGGAGCCGGACUAUCCGCCGCCGCCCAGGCCGACGGAGGGACCCGGGUACGGGGCGGACUUUAGCCGGCCUCCGCCGCCGCCGCCGUUCGGCUACGCAGACAGCUACCUCGGCCACAUGAUGGGGGGCGGGAUGCCCCCUCACCCACCUCUCGCCCCGGAGGCGUUCGCUCACGGGGGCGCGGCCAGCGCGGCCGGCGCAGGAGGCGGCAGCGGCAUGGUGUUCAGCGGAGACAAGGACCAUCGCUUCGAGUACAAUCACAGCCCGCUGCCCGUGGGCCCCGGACCUCCGCCGCCCCCUCCGGGCCAAGCCUGGACUUCGCCAUCCCAAUCAGGGGCGCCGCUCCCGCUCGGGUACGUUCCCCACGUGAACGCGGCGGCGGCGCUGCGGGGCAGAGGACUCCCUUUUUGACGGGCUCCCGACGAACUCGGAAAAGGAAGACUCUAAAAGACACACGCAGUUGCCCUCAAACCAGCACUAAGCGUCUCAGAAGUCGAUUUGUAAGAUUUGUAAACGACCCGAGGGCACUCGAGGACACAGCUUGGGUUACAACUGGAGGGACGAACUAUUCAGACCAUUUCAUAGAGCUGUUUUGGUUUUCCCUCCGAUUGAUUUUUGUAAUCUAUUCUACUGCUGUCUUUUAAAUUAAAACUGUACCUUUUUUGAGUGUGCAUUUACCAUGCCAGGGUAAGUGUUUUUAUGACCUUUAAUUGCGUAAGGACAGACUAGUAUUACAAUGAUGUUUUGCACUACUGAAUAAAGUAGGUGGAAACAAGCAAAGGUGUGAAUGGAGGUAAUGUGCUGUAUCUGCACACGUAAAUGACCAGUAAUGUAAGUCGUUUUCUUUUUAUUUGGUUUUCUUUCUUUUUUGGACAGUUUUUGUUUUCCUUCCUUCUAAUGAUUCAACAAUUAUGGGCUCUGUCGCAAGGGUAAAUUCACUGGAGGGGCUUUUAAAGGACUCCAGAGAGACUGGUAGCACUUGAGUGAUUGGCCUCGAUUGAUGAACUGGUGCAUCUACUGAAUGAGUGAACGGAUCAAAGCUGUGUUUCUCACCGGUUCCCCACCAGCUCUUGUCUAUAGCCAUUGUAAAAUUGAAAGAGACGUUUAACUGAUUUCAAGGAGAUGAGCAACAAUGUCUUUUUUUGUAUGAAGAUGUUUUUUUUCCCCCCCUUUGGCAAAUGUUUAUUAAAGAAAUGCCAAUCAUGUAACUGCU